AUGUUAAGAUCUAAACUAUCUUCUUUGAGAGAGUACUUAACUCCCAUAAAGCACACGUCUGAUUUCACUACCACAGGCGAGAUAUCACCCGAGGAGUUUGUGGAGGCUGGAGACUUCUUGGUGUACAAAUUUCCGACGUGGCAAUGGAGCUCAGCACCAGAUAAGUUAAAGAAGGAUUUUUUGCCUCCAGACAAACAGUAUCUUAUAACUAAGCAUGUAUCUUCAUACCAGCGAGCUGUUACGUAUUUAGGGAUAAAAACCGACUUGGAUGAGGAUGAAGAAGAGUUAGAAGAUGGAUGGGUUAAAUCUCAUAAAAUCAAUAAUGAAACAUCAAAGUUGAGGACUGAUACACUGGAAGCUAAUACAGAUAAGAGCAAAGGCCUUGAUGGCAAUAAUGAUGGCAAUGAUGCCAACGAAAUUAAUGAUAUUGAUGAAUUAAUCGAUGAGAAUGCGGAGGAACAGAGCUCCGACGAUGAGAAUGAUUUCGAAGAAUUGGUUGAAGCUAAUGCAAACAGUAAUUUAAGAAAGUACGACAUGUACAUCACAUACUCCACUUCUUACAGAGUUCCAAAGAUGUAUCUUGUGGGGUUCAACUCGAAUGGGAUCCCGUUGCUUCCCAAACAGAUGUUCGAAGACAUUUCAAGCGAUUAUAGAGACAAGACUGCAACAAUAGAAACUUUGCCAGUUUCGUAUAACACUAUGUCGGUGUCUAUUCAUCCGUGUAAGCAUUCGUCUGUUAUGAAAGUGUUGAUGGCUCACGCGGCUGCAUCAAAGAAAACUGAAAACUCUAAAGAACCUGCAGAACAGACAGAAGCAUUAGACUCGAAAGACAAGGCCCGCGAUAGAGAUUCUGGCGACAAUGCUGAAGAAGAAGAAGAAGAAGAAGAAGAAGCAUCGGGUAUAAGAGUUGAUCAAUAUUUGAUAAUUUUCUUGAAGUUCAUUGCAAGUGUUACUCCAGGCAUCGAGUAUGAUUACACUAUGGAUGCAUUAUGA